UUGGAGUCAACGCAGAUUUUUUGCGAGUAAAGGAUGAAUGAGUGUUGUUGUAGUUGUAGUUGUCCAGAUUCAUUUCAGUGUUGGUUAUGAUCUUCUUCGUUUAAUGUGCAAAGACCAAAAUGAAAAAUAUGGAAACGACGGCUGUCGUGUAGUGCGUUCCUGCUUCUGCUCUGUUUUUUUACAACCAUGACAUCGUCACUAUCAUCAGGAACAGUGCAAACGCAUGUCGCACUUCGGCUUCCCGCAACAAGUCGUCACAACAAGAAGCUGAAAAGAUGAACUACAGGCACGUCGUGUGAGUGUUGGCGCAUUAGGAUUAGCGACGUCAUCUCAUCUGCGCAUGAUGGACACGCUUCCCCACGAAUUGGAGCGAAGCACUUCGCACAUUUUUGCUACACCGAUUGCCGUCACUCCCGACAUUAAGCUUUGGAUGUUGGUACAGUAUCUUAAUAUCAUAAAGGAUGUUGUAACUAAAGUCCCUAAUCUUGAUUCUUCACAGAUAAUUUACUUUUACAGUUACGACAUUCUCGAUAGAUAAUUUACUUUUACAGUUACGACAUUCUCGAUAGAUAAUUUACUUUUACAGACAGUUACGACAUUUCUUUAGGAGAUCGCGAUCAUCGUUCGUAGGUGUAGUCGCGAUCAUCGUUCGUAGGUGUAGGUCAAAGACAAAGUCAAACGGACGAGACCUUCUACCUUCCCUAAUGAAAAUGGGUCUGGUGCGGAGAGCGGCUCAGAAACUGGAGAAGUAGGAGUAGAGGAAAGAAAAACGUCUUUGUCGAACAAAAAUGCCUCUGACGUGGCUCCACAACUUGUUGAUGAUAGAGCAGAUAGGCCAGAUACUAUCGACAGGACGACUUCAGGGGCGUCUACGCGUGUUGUCACGUUUGGAUUAGACAUCAAGGAGACUACUGCUACGACUACGGGUCAGCCUCAGCAGCGUCAGGGAUCGAGUAGAGCAGGCUCAUCUCUUAAGGCUAGUACCCGUAAUCAAUUCAUCUCUGCUACAGGCAUCCCUCAAGAAGCGUAUCGACCCAAAAACGAGAGAAGGAGAUCACGAAUCUAAAGCGUAUGCUUGAGCAGGGAUUUGGUCCACAGAGAUCGCUGUGAGAAGGCAUCUAAUCCUCAAGGGCCAUCUUCAGGGGGCCUUCGAGGGUCAGGAGAUUCCCUCCGUCUCGAAGAUGACCAUCCCGACUCGGGCCUUCAAGGGUCAGGUGAUUCCCUCCGUCUCGAAGAUGACGAUCCCAAGUCGGUCCUCCUACGAAAACGUCUUCGACAUAUCAUUAAGGCUGCAGAUUUGAUGAGUAGUUCUUCUUUGGCCACGCUGUACGAGAUUGUGAUUCUUCAUCUUCCUGAAAAGUAUCUAUGUUUAAUGAGACAGUAUGAAUUUCCUCUGAUCUGUGUUACAGAUACAACUCUUCAAGAAAGACACACAAGGGUACAAAAGAGAGAAGAGAUGGACUUGAACUGCAAAGAGUAUGAUUAAGGCUGUACUACCUAGUACAUCUAAAGUAAGAGGUCUUCUAUCCUAAUUUCAAGCCCUUACUCCACGGCAGCAGUGUUGGCGCGGAUUUUUUACGUUGGUUCUGGCUGUUCCAGGGUGCCUUUGCUUGGUUCGAGGCAUUCUAUUGGAGUUGGGGUGCGACAGGCGGAAAGAAUCCCAGAGACCAUCUUCUCUACCAUUUGCCAGCGAUGAUGUUUCACCUUUUCUUAAGGCUAGGUAGAACUAGAAGGCUAGUAGAGCAGCUAGUUUUUCACUGUGUGUCCCGUAUACAUAGAGUGUCUGUGCCGGACAAUGCUGAGAGAGUGGACGAGCCCCCCUGGAUUAUUUAAAGGGCGUGCUGGACCGUGCUGAGAGAGUGGACGAGUCCCCCUGGAUUAUUUUUUGAAGGGGAAAAUUAUUAGAUAGUGGGGAAAAGAGGGGAACUCACACUCAGCACUCAACCAGGCAUAGAUAGUGUGUGAGAAACUGGCGUUAAUUCUCUGUUUCCUCUACAGCCUUUUCUUCGUACUUUGGCACGGUACAGGUUGCGGACAAGUGACGUGGGAUCUUUGCUGCUGUUGGUGCUUCGCCUGUAGACGAGGUGACAAGUCAAGUGUUGUCCACGCACCAGUUUCCACCGCCUCACCUCCAAGCUCCUCUGAAGAAACAGGGGAGAAUGCGAAUCACGAUCACCGAAGUCGAACUGGGUUUCAACAAGAACAUCUACAUCAACAAGAUAAUGAAAAUACGUCCACUACAACCUGUUGUUGCAUCCGACGUUGCGUGUGUAGUCUUGAAUGUUGGUGCUGGAGACCCGCUUUUUGGAUAGAACAGUUGUUGUCGAAAGUCGACCCAGACCACGCUUUGGAACAACACAAAUCGCAAAGACCAAAGAAUAGGGGUGCUGCAGACUUCGUGGAUUACUUUCUGCCGUUUUCGCUGGUUCUUAUUACGGCUUCACAUCGCAUAUCGUUGAGUAGAUGCCUGCAUCAUACAUGAAUGGAUAAUGCAAGGCUGAGGUUUCCAAGCAGAUGGUCUUGGUCCCACCUGAAGCUCUACUCAAAAUAGAACUGCAUCAUCAUGUACUAGUCUAUAAUGGAGGAUCUUCAUCCUGUUCUUGUUUACUUCACUCAGAAUGGAUCUUCUUCAUGUCUUGUCUGUAUAAAAUGAAUCUUGUUGUAACUCAACAUGCUUGUAUGCUCAACAUGCUCUAAUUUUCUGAACUUGUUCCAGUUCCGACCAUUUUCUGUCCUUCUGAUUUGGAUGGAUUUCUUGCUGCUCUAUUGGACCUUCCACAACGCCUACAGCGAAAACCAGUAUCGCAGGGAGCAUCCGAGGAUGCAGCUGCUUGGUGCUAAUCAUCGAUCACUCUUUCUGCAGCGAACGACUAGUGUGGACGUCACUCUCUGGCUAGCGAUGGCGCCAGUAUUUUUAAGGCUCCCACUAACUAUAAAGCUAUUAAAGCAUUAAUUAUGGCAUCUUCGUUCCGCAUCAUCGAGAUCGAUCCUUAGCAUUAUCAUAUUUUUUUUCAAGAUGAAAAAAAUCAAGCCCAAGCCCUGGGAUGUCCCACCCUGGUGGCAUUUACUUUAUUUUUUCAAGGGAAUUAAGUAUGAAUAUAAGACUAGUUGUAUCAGGCCGUCCAGGGAUCAUGCCCUCAGGCAUGGAUGCAACAGAAGCUGCUCUAACAUUCACCUCAACUGUCUAUGCGCUCAAAGCGGGAACGGGAAGCUUACACGGGAUACUGCAUUCGAGUCACGUUUUUGUCGUGCUUUGCUUUUCGGUGACGAUCUUGGUGUACUUGUUGGAGGCUUAUCUGAGCAGUCUGGCUGCGAAGUGGCACCUGAAGAUAGCACAAAGAUCAAGUAAUAGGCAGAUCGCGAGUCCAUCAUCAUCUCCUCCAUCAUCAUCUCCUUAAGGGUAGGCUACAGGUGUUCCUGUUGCCCUUUGCUUUGCCUUGCUCAAGGGGGAAAGGCAUAGCGAACGGGGUAAGCGAACACCAAAACCCUGCCGCUAAUCUAUGGCAGAGCAGCUACAGCCCACCACAGUGAUUGUAGAACAAGGAAGGACAACGACAAGGAGCACGUCUUCAAGCAGGAGGCACAAAAAUAGAGUUUCUGAAGAAGAUGAAGAUGUCGGAGACGGAGGAAUUGAAGGUAAGAACAGGAAGAUAGUGAUGGCUAGCUCGGGUUUUACCCUCUUGCUAAUGCAGUUCUUGUCUAAUUGCCGGUUUUUGCUCCUUUGGAAGGCUUUCUAGUCAAUAUCUAUGAGGACCUAUAGAAAUGAUGUGGUUCUUGUGAAUAAAAAGAUACUUAAUAUAGUCUACUUAAUACACCACAUCCACACAACUACGCCAGGAGCCUCUUCUAAGUUACAACAAGCCGGUAAAAGCAGUCCGAGUGCGUUGGCCUCUUCUAAGUUACAAGAAGCCGGUAAAAGCAGUCCGUUGAGUAAUGGAACCACUAGGGGGUCAUCCACUUGGCUUUCAAGGUGGAUAGCCGAAAAAGACGCUUUUCUACCUUGGACACAACUACAAGUGCUUCCAGGAAGAGAGGACUCUUCUGACCAGAUGACCGAGAACUGCUCAACAGGAGAAGCUUCGGCGACCACGGCUCCAUCACAGUCAACAUCACAAGAACGCUAUAGUUGUCCAAGGAGUGUGCUCCGCUGUUGUAGGAGGACUUGCUGCGGUGGUAGUAGAAGUAAUAGUGAGGGGGCGAAUGCGAAUAAAGAAAGCCAAGGCCAAGGAGAGGAAGUAAACAGCGCGAAUCCGAAUAAAGAAAGCCAAGAAGGAGAUGAAGUGAACGUCAUGGCCAUUGAUAUCUAUGGGUACCUGGUUUCGUUGCUGCUAGCGACCAUUGUGACGAGUUUGAUGGCUGUGAUUUUCCUGCUUGGGAAUGUAUUUUUUGUGACGCGCUUACCGACUGCGAAUUUGAGUUGGUUCGGCCUGAAAAUAGAAUUUUUGGUCGUCUUCUUCCUCGUAACGUUAUGAUGAAAGGGUAAGCGUUGGCACCAAGGUCUUGAGGGGUAAAGCUACUAAGAUGAGAUGCAACAAGGGUACCAAGAUGAGUGAGGUAGCGGAGGUGAAUAGGAAUGGGCACACUCUAAUAGCGUGUAUCUGCAGUAAUCGUUUGCUUGUAGUAGCUUUUGAGCUGUCGUGGCCUUCUACCGGGACAAGCAGUCUUCCCCCGAGUAGCACCAGCACGUCACCAGCACAGGAAAACGUCUCUUCUGUGCAGUUAAGGCUUUGGCUGCGCAAUCAUAAUAUUCCUGGUUGUAUCAAUCUCUUUGAUGAUAUCAGGCAGCUUUCUUGAGUUGUCACGUGGUUCGAAAAUGAAUGAAUGAAUGAUAUCAAAAAUAAUCUUCACGAAAAAACUAGCAAGGGCGAUAUCAAGAUCAUCGAGGAAAGCCACUCACGGUCUUAAGAUCCACAACCUACGCUUCUAAGCGGAUUAAAUACGGAGACUUGACGGAAGUUCUCUCUACAUUUUUAAACCAUAGAUAUACUGACUCUGAAAUAAAGUCCUAGGUAGGUCGCAUGAUUAAAACUUGCAUCUCUAAAUACCCAAAAGACUUUUUCCGCGACCAAUGCAGUGAGACUGGAGCAGCUCCGAUUCGAGCAGGCCCUCUAUGCUGUAGCAACCAAUUGGCAAAGGUGGAAGACAGUGGGCUUAGUUUUUGCGGCUUUCGUGGCCUACAUCAUUGUGGAAGAUGAGCUUGGACGAAGCGUCAACAACAUAUUCGAAGAAGAGGCAGGUGCGUCUCUAUGUUACGACAGGAUGAACAGGAGGGUCUGUGUUUCUAGUAUAACAGAUUUUCAUUUACAAACAGAACAGUUCUUAUACUCCUUCCAGAUUCAUCCGCAUCCAGUCAUCUAGUCCUUCAUUUCCAACUAAAUCGACUUGCCUAUCACAAGAAGAUGAAUCAGCCCUCCAACCUAGAUAAUUUCGUUAACAUAGUCUUCUGCGUUUUCACUUUGACUUUUCUUCUAAGACAAGUCAGAUGCCGCCAUACUCUUGAUGUUGUGGAUUGCAAUUGUUAGUUUUUUCACAGCAGAAAUCAGCGCGUGGAUCAGACAAUUGUUGGCUGCCAGGAAGUGCUUUGUUGAGACCCGGUCGGGUACUAGUACAACUACCAAGAACAGUACUUCUACAAGCAAGAUCCCCUUUGCUUUUGUGUUGCUCAAGCAUCAUCUGAUUGCGCUUUUUAUAGCGCAAUAUCUCAUCUGGACAGUAGGCUUCUUGUGGAAUUUGCCCAUGCUAUCGAUUCAAUCUGGUCUAGUCUUCGUGCCCGCCGUAUUGGUGAUCCCCCUAGUCCGAUUUCCGACGUUCUCUCUGCGGCUCAUACUUGCGGGAGUCUUGCUACUAACGGACGAAAGAGUGGUGAAGCAAAGGCUUGCAGCUCGUGGCAAGGAGUUAAGGAUGAGGAGAUGGAGAAGUUGCACUACAAAGACGCAAAACGAUUUUCAUUUCUCUAGAAGUACAAAAACGCAAGGGGAUUUUCAUUUCUCUAGCGGUUGAUCGAUUUAUUUUUAUUUCUCAAUUUGGCUCAAGGCUUUUAAAGCUGACUUGCUGGCCAACAGGCCCGAGGACAUCUAACCGGAACAUCUAGGACAACUCAAAAAAUCAUGAGUAUCUUAUUAGCGAUUUUCAUUUCUCUAGGUCAGCGGGAACACAGGCGUGCUUGCACAGAAGUCCAGAGGUGGCCCUGGGUCUGUUUUAGUUCCUCCGUUAUCCAGCAUAAGGAAACUUCUAAAAGACCCUGACGGUGAAGACACCGCGACCACUGCAACUCCAAAACUAUGGGCUACAGAUUUGUACUUCGUGACGACUCCUCCAUCAGAGGAGACCGGACCUUCAGACCGGACGCCAGGUGCAAACAAAGCUUUGAUCAUUAUGGCGCGUCCCUAGGAGUAUAAAUAUUGAUAAUCGUGAUUCUCACUUCCGGCUCUACCUCUUCUCACUUCCUCUACGUCUUCUCACUUCCUCUACCUCUUUUCACUUCCUCUACCUCUACCUAGAAGGCGGCAAAAAAGGUAAGCAAUCCCCCUUUUCCCACAACUGUACGUACCCCAUGACUGGGUAGAUUAUUAUUAUUAUUAUGAUCAACAUUUCUAAUCCUUGUCCCUCAAAGGAGGAGCAAGAAGAUCGGAGACUUGUGAUUUACCUGGAAGAAUGUAUCAUCUUGAGGCAGCAGGUCUUCUUCAUUCUGGCAAUCCUCUUCUGGAUCCCGGUUUGGCUAGGCUACGGAAAAGCAGAAAUUUGUCAUCUCUUAUGGAAUAUCAUCAAGUUCAAGAUCAAGGACUACAACUCGGGAACAGUGCUCUGACUUGAUGCAGCAUCUUAGGGUAUAAUGGAGGGUAUGACACACUGAAGAGAAGUCAACGAUAGAUUGAAUUGUGAAGACCACGACUAGGUCGAGUAGCUCUAAGUCUCGGAGUCAAUUGUGACUCCCUCGCACCCUAUGGAUUUGUUACUCGCGCAGAUAUAUCCCCCGACUCCAACGUGAUGGUCCGUGACGGCGUAGCAACACCUCUUCGAAUACCUGAGUUACGGCUAGUUGUAGAUCAUUAGACCUCCUCGUGAGAAGUUACCUCGUGUAGAAGUAAACUAUCGAUUCUAUGUGAACUAAUGGGGUUUGCCACUAGCUGAGCGCCUGACUAUAAGUUACUUAGGAGCUGGUUCUCUAGAACUUGUAUGUAAUACAGUUCCUUAGGUGAUCGAGUAGGGAUCGCAACACGGAACGCACACGUGAUCAUUGCCUCCUUGUGAUGUAGUAGAUGAAGUAAACUAUCGAUUCUAUGUGAACUACCCUACGUGGAGCUAAUCUUGAGGACGCAUAUCCUCCUGAAGAUUGUCAACUACCCUACGUGGAGCUAAUCUUCAGGAUGCAUAUCCUCCUGAGGAUUCCUUCAAGAAGGGAAACUGGACCAGGGGAAACGGACUCCACCACGGACACUACCUAAUAGAAUGGAGUACAGGUGGCACAGCUCAUCAGGACGCAUAUCCUCCUGAAGAUUCCUUCACAGGUUCUAACUGCUGACGUCUCACUGAGCGAUCCUCAUUUCGCCAGAUUACCAACCGCGAUGCAACGGAUUUUUACGACGCCAUUCAAUUUGACUUUUCUCACUUGGAAUAUCCAGAGAGGCCAUCCUGGAACAGACCACUGGACACGGCAAAAUUUUGCCGAGGUGUACGAAAAACUCUCCUUUAUGGUACUAGUUGUAGUUCAUCUGAUUGAGAAGGUUUAUGGUACUAGUUGUACUGAAGGCGCUUCAUGUUCAUCUGAUUGAGAGCAAGAACUACAAGCGAAUUAUUGAAGCAAGAGAAUGUGAAUGUUGAUGUCGUCCCCAAAAAAGUAAAAAAUGGACACGAUCAUCAUAUCUUCUCAUUGAGAUCUCAAUCAGUGGCAUCAUUCAUCUCCCUAUAUCGUGCAGUCGACAAGGAUCAGAACUCUGAUGCAAAGUACUUCUUUCCGGUUUUACCCGAUGUAGUAGGUCUGCAAGAAGCCGAAGCCCAACACCCAGGUCUGGGGGCUCGCGAUUUUGGCAUAUUCAUGGCUCAGGAGGUAGACCGUUCCCAUGGGUCACAGGUGAGCACCUUAUCUUAUGGUCAGCUUUUAUCUGAGCCAGACCGUUCCCAUGGGUCACGACAGGUGAGCACCUAAGGUCAGCUUUUAUUAGAGGUAGGUUUUUGAUGGUGUUCGUGGUGUUCGUCUAUCCCGCUUGUUAUGGCUGUCCCCCUUAGGAGAGCCAUAACAAACGGUAACGAAAGCACCUUUAGCAUACCUCCCUUAAUUUUAUCCAUCCUACUUCUCAGCAUCUUGGUACUUUUAUUUUGCCCUGUUGUAAUAUUCCCAUUAUUGAUACAACAAGGGUGGAAAGGGGGCCGACUCCAACGCGCUAACUCUAAUUAUCAUCGACGAAUAGCACUGGAGCAAGGUCGUUUCGGGAGCAUGAAGUCGGGAUGUGCUCCAGCAGAUUUUAAGGUGUAAAAAAUGUCUACCAACUCAAGAACUUGAUGUACGAUCUCCGCCACGCUGAGUAACUCUGCUACGACCUCUAGCACGCCAAGUAGCUACUACUCCACGACGUGCUCUACCAGUAUCACUACCACCCCUCUAAGAAUACGGAACCUGGUCUCGAUACGUGCAGUUGCCGAAGGAAGGCUCACAGGUCAAAUGUAAAUGGUUCUACGGAAACCGAGUACGCUCCAACUCUUUUUAUGGCUCCUGGGUUUCCUUUUACUGAAGAUGUCCAAAGUCUGUCAUUAAUAUUGUAAUACCUUACUUUAAGUUCGUGCCAUGCCAACCGGCCCCCGGCAGCCUUAUAAACUGUUCUGUAAUACUAGUAGUACACGUCUCGAUACUAGUAAUCCUACGUGGCUUUUUCAUCAUCUUUCUGGUGGACUAUGUCCUGAAUCUUGUUUCUAAGCCUUCGGUGGGCAACCUAUUAUAGUGGCUCCAGGUCUAGACGUAGACGAGAUGACCAUGCACGACUGGCCGUCGAAUUUUCCAUUUCCGACGUUUGGGUACGCAACGGUGCAAAUAUCCCUUGUGGGAAAGAUUAUUCAGGUAUUGUUUAUACAUACGCAAAUCUGAAUCCCUUACUCAGUCAAUUACUACAACAGGUCUACUACGUUCUGGCACUGCUCUCUCACUUACCCAGUCCUCGUGAUUACAAUGUAUUGUUCUGGUAUUCGGUAACCUGAUUUUGAUCAUAUUCAUAAGGGAAAACAAGAGGGGAAUUCUUGUGAUCGAAUUCAGCUGACCAAAUACCGGAGCCAUUCGCGCAAUCAGUUGCCCCUUCUUGUUGCACCAGGUCCUCCAGGGUUUACUACUACUACUACUACUACUCCUACUACUACAAUUUCAGUCACCACGACUUCUUGCAGGUCUACAAUUGCCACGGCAAUAUUUUUGAGCGAGAAAAGUAUUGGCCAACUUUGAGGGACGAGAUACGGGCAAAAAUGGCCACUAAUGAAAUCAAUGCAGCGGUGGUAAUGGGAGACCUUAAUUGGUACUCAUACGAGCUGGAACAAGUGUUCACCACAGAUUUUCCGGGAAUGGUGCACGUGCUGAACCCAACGAGAUACACGAUCCCAGAGGACAACUUAAUUAUGUCCUUGAAGAAAGGGAGUAGGUAAGUUUCUUGACACCAGGAGCUGUAAUAUUUUAGAAUCCGGCGGGACAAGAACUAGGCCAUCUCUCUAAUAUAUGCAGAUCCAUGCACUCCAUGCGAUCCAUGCUGCCAAACCUUAUAAAUUAUUCUGUUAUCUUAUUAUUAUCUAUUUAGGUGCAAAGAUUUUCUAAUAGCAGCAACCCUCAUCCUGGCGGAGAGGAAGGCUACAGAGACAUGUUCCCGAGUACGAGGAUAGUAAGCGGAGCAAGCGGGAGCUCGAAGCUGGAUAUCGAUCACAUUUAUGGCAGAGAAGAAUGCUUUCUUAUAUAUAAAUAUUUAGAGAUGAUUUAUUAGGUGAGAAGACGAGAAUGCUUUCUUAAAUAUUUAGAGAUGAUUUAGUUUUAGGUUAAGGUGUUAGAAGUAGAGAUACUAUAUCGUUACCUCAAGUAGAGCAUGCUGCUACUUCACGAUACGAAGACGCUGAACGCUUACAACGCGGCUUGUCAAUGCUAUAUGAAGAUUAAGAUGGUACACGACCUAUCUUGUCCUCCUCUAACCCUUCUUCUUAGUAGGGCAUUCAUCUCUAAUCCAUCUUCGUAGUAGGCCAUUCGCGAGUCGUGCACGCAGAAGCCUUGGAUGGGUUUUGGGACUUGGAUAUCAGCGAUCACAUACCCAUGAUUGCGACAAUUUAUGGCCUUUCGUGAUCUUGAGGAUGCAUAAUAUUCUUACAGGCUAUAAGAAAGCACUUUUGAUUUUCCGUUUCCCUUGCUGAAGAUGAUAAUGUUUGUCCUGAC